AUAUAAAACAGUGGUGGACGGAAAAUAUUCGCAUCAGUUCUCAGUUCAACUUCGUAUCGGACGGACGUUCUUUUGAUCUAUAAACACUGCAAUGACUGGUCGCGGCAAGGGAGGCAAAGGUCUCGGAAAAGGAGGCGCCAAGCGGCAUCGCAAGGUGCUGCGGGACAACAUCCAGGGCAUCACCAAACCGGCCAUCCGUCGUUUGGCGCGUCGCGGCGGAGUGAAGCGUAUUUCCGGUCUGAUCUACGAGGAAACCCGCGGAGUGCUGAAAGUUUUCCUGGAGAACGUCAUCCGGGAUGCGGUCACGUACACGGAACACGCCAAGCGAAAGACGGUGACCGCCAUGGAUGUGGUGUACGCGCUGAAGCGACAGGGUCGCACGCUGUACGGUUUCGGAGGUUAGGAGGUGCGUGGAUUGUGAGGACGGAAGUCAAGGGCCACGGAAGCAUUCCAGUGGGGAGUUGAUCAGAAAUAUAUUUUUUGUAAGCGAGUAAAUAAAAAGCCAUA